UUAUAAUUUAGAAAUAUAUUUUAUUUAAUUAAGCAGUGAAAAUGGCACAAUAACAACAGCUGGUAGGAGCUGCCCCAAGCCGUUGACGAAGUUGAAGCAAAGAGGAAGAGCACUCCUCAGCUACAACUCCAUUGGAGCGUAAAUUAGCAAGGAUGGAGCUCUCCUUUAUUCUCCUCCCCUCCAUAAUUCUCCUCUCCUUCCUUUACUCCGCCUCUCUCUUCUUCAAACGAGACGCCCUCUUAAAGCCCACCAAAUCCACGGUCCUCAAAGGCUACCCAAUCAUAGGAAACCUCCCCCUUUUCAUCAAGAACGGGAGACGUACUCUCGACUGGGUGGCGGAGCUCAUCCCCACGUCCCCCACCGGCACCGUCACCGUCGUCCCCUUCGUCUUCACCGCCAACCCCUCCAACGUCGAACACCUGGCACGCACCAACUUCAACAACUACCCCAAGGCCGACGACCUCCUGGCCGCCCUCCACGACUUCUUCGGCCGCGGCAUCCUGAACGCCAACGGCGAAGACUGGCGCUUCCAGCGCAAGGCCGCCAGCUUCGAGUUCAACACCAAGUCCCUCCGCGCCUUCGUCCUCGAUAAAGUCCGCCACGAGACCGUCCACGGGCUGAUCCCUCUGCUGAAGAGAGCCGGCCGGAGCGGCGAGGUGUUGGACCUCCAGGACGUGCUCGAGCGCUUCGCGUUCGAUAACAUCUGUAGCCUGGUGUUCGGCGAGGACCCCAAAUGCCUCUCUGGGGAGAGCGAGGAGGGGGAGAAAUUCUACCAUGCGUUUCACGAAGCCUCGGAGCUCAGCGUCCAGAGGGCGAUGCAGCCCUUCUCCCUGAUAUGGAAGCUCGGCAAGUGGCUCGACGUCGGGUCGGAGAAGCGGCUGAGGAAAUCGCUAGAGAUCGUUCGCGGGUUUGUCGAGAGAUACGUGACAUCGAGAAGGGAACAGAGUAGAGGCGGCGGCGACUUCUUGUCUCGGUUCGCGGCGGACGGAGCCCACUCGGACGAGUUUAUCCGGGAUAUCCUCAUAAGCUUCGUGCUCGCGGGGCGGGAUACCACGCCCACGGCCCUCACCUGGUUCUUCUGGGUCCUUUCUUCGAAGCCAGAAGUCGUGGAGAAGAUACGUGAGGAGAUCAAAUCCAUCCGAUCGCGGCAUAAGAAUCAUGAUAGCGAGGUGCUGACGCUGGACGAGCUGAGGGAGAUGGGAUAUCUCCAUGCGGCGGUGUCGGAGUCGCUGAGAUUGUAUCCGUCGGUUCCGCUGCUGGCGAGGGAGAGCAAGGGCGAGGACGAGCUGCCGGACGGAACGCAUGUGGGGAAGGGGUGGACGGUGAUGUACAGCCCGUACGCGAUGGGGAGGGCGGAGGGGAUAUGGGGGAAGGACUGCGGGGAGUUCCGGCCGGAGCGGUGGAUGGAGGAUGGGGUAUUCCAGCCGACGAGCCCGUUCCGGUACACGGUAUUCCACGCGGGGCCGAGGAUGUGUCUGGGCAAGGAUAUGGCGUAUAUCCAGAUGAAGGCGGUGGUGGCGAGUAUUUUGGAAGGUUUUGAGCUGGAGGUAGUGGAGAAGAGAGGGAAAUACCAGCUUUCCAUGACGAUGAGGAUGGAGGGAGGGCUGCCUGUGAGGGUCAAGGAGAGGAGUAUUUGAUAUCAAAGUAGUCCCCUCCCUCUCUCUCCCCCACUUUUCUGCGUGUGUAUGGGCAUGGUGCAGUGCCAUUGUAAUACAAGAAACUUCAUGAGAGGUGAAUAGCAUGGUCAAUGUGUUCAUCUCUCUCUUGCUUCCUCUUCAAUGUGUUUUGAUAUAGGAGCUGUUGUGAAAUUAUAAUGAAUAUUAUAUACAUUAAUAAAGAUAAUUUAGGAAAUAACUUGU